AUGGACAUGCAAAGUAGGUGUACACAAUAUAUUCCAUUUCCCCUCUCCCCGCCAAAUACCCCCAUUCGCGAAUCUCAUAUCCGUGAUUUGCCCUGCGUCCGGCAGCCCAGAACGACGUGUGACCUCCGAAUCCAUAUCCAACGAUAUCAGCGGACCCUGGCCGGCCAGAAGAACGCCGAAGCGGAAUCUCGGCAGCGGGUCAUCCUCAAAACCCCGUGUCUGUUGUCGGUACAGCAAACUGGCGGCGACUUUCGCGCCCUGGCUGAACCCCAAGAUGACGAUCCACUCACCCGUGUAUCCGGCGCAGUCAUCGUCACGGAUCGCCGCCAAAAGAGAUUCAUCAAUUGCAGCCACCGCGUCUUGGGGCGCGAUUUCCGGGUGCUCCCAUCACCAGCAGAGCCAGCGGCGGAAGGGGCCCCAUUAGCUGUAGACCGCGAGAACAUCGGAUCCGCAAUUCGACGCGAAAGGCGCCUGGGCGAAGACAAAGCAGUAUUUGGUCUGGAGGUGGUUGACGAGGGCUCUGCAUUGGGCGCGGAAGAUGCACACAUUAGUCCCGCCGCCGUGAAGACAGAGGAUGCGCGGAAGAUGCAAUGUUGGAUUGGGGACUAUGACAGGUUGGUCUAG